AUGAUUGACGAGAAAGUGAUGACACACAUCGCUCAGCACUCAGACCAGUUAUUUAUCAUUUUCGAUGGAUAUGAUGAAUACAAAGACCACAAUGAAUUAUUGGGAGAUUUUGAAGGACAAUUUGAAAAUGAUACUAAAACCAAGAUGCCAGUAGCUGCUCUGAUCAGCAAAGUAAUCCAAAGGAAGAUCUUGCGCGACUCAGUCAUCAUAAUAACUUCAAGACCGGGCGAAGCCGACGAGUUGGACAAAAAACUCCAAUUUGACAGAUGUGUGGAAAUUACGGGAUUCUCAGACGAACAGGUCCUUCAAUAUGUUGAGAAGUAUUUUAACUCUAAACCAGAAGAAGUAAAAAAGAUGGCCAUGGAGAAAGUAAGAGCAACCGCACAUUACAUGUCAUUUGGUCGCGUCCCUCUGAGGUGUUUGUUCGUGUGCCAAGUCAUCGAGUAUGAAAUCCAAAAUAACAUUACUAGAGAUAAUUCAAUUCCUCUAAAAGUUACACAGUUUUAUUGUGAAGUUAUUAGAUGUCUAGAGAGGAACAAUAGAGAAAUCCGUAGUCUAGAUGAGGAAGCGAUGUUGUUAGCUGUUGAGAAAACUUUGGAUAAUUUUUCUAAACUAGCCGCACAGUUAGCUGAGCAAAAUCGUUUCACUUUUUCUCAAAAAGACUUAAAAAAGCUAAAAUUGCCAGAAGUUGAAAUAUCUUACCUUAAAUCAAGUAAUUUAAUAUUUUGUUAUCCUGUUGCCAGUGAUUCUCCAUUCCCACAAUCAACUCUUGAAUAUAGUUUUUCACAUUUAUCCAUUCAAGAGUUUUUUGUUGCUUGUCAUUUGGUAAAGAAGCGCGCAAUGGCGGCACAAGAAACCUCUGACAUGGUGCACAUAUUCACGAGUGGUUUGUUGGGUUUAGAUCAGGAGAACAACAACGAUAAAUGUAUGUCGAAAGUACUAAAGUCUGUAUGUAAACAAGGGAUGGGUUUACUGAGACAACGCGUUGUGUUAUUGCGCUGUCUCCAUGAGUACGGCCUAGAGAAAGAAUUCACACGACAAGAACUGACUACAAAUCGUGACUACAGAUACUGGAAUAGUGGUGGGUGGAUUGGAUUAGGUGGUGUAACCGACACGGACUGUGAUGUACUCGCUAUGUUAUUAGAAUCCACUGCUACAUCAAUAUCAUCACCACCAGACACAUUGUUCAUUGUUAACUCACAGAUAACCAUUACCAUGUUAAAUAGAUUGUUGUCAUCUCUUCAUUCAAACUCCACAAUCACUGUACUGGGGCUGAGGUCGUGUAGUUUGAAUGAUGAUCACGUAAAGUGUUUGUGUAAUCAUUUUAACAACACUCACAUCACCUCACUAAGCCUGUCUCACAAUAACAUAACAGAUGUAGGGGUGCAUCACAUUGUACAUAACAUAGCUAGUAAAAUAACCUUUCUAGACCUGCAAGAUAAUCCAGUAUCUGUAGAAGUUAGUAAGAGUAGUGAACAAUUCUGUCAGGAUAAUUAUCCUGGACUUGAGUUCUACAUAUAG